AUGUUAAACAUUGAGUUUGAAACAGUUAGAAAGAUAGACAAUGACACCAAAGUGGUUAGAAUAGGUGAUUUAAACGUAAGAUACUCAAAGAAAUACAACAAAUAUUCUUUGUCAGACAUUAUAUCUCCAUCUGGAAAGAAAACAUCCCACGACUGGGUUAAAAUUGCUUCUACUCAGAAAAUUUUGACAAGAAAUCCUAAGCUUAUGAUAUCGGUAAGAUUCUAUGGAACUACAGCAUAUCUUAUAGACAAAAGUCUUAUACCAAUAGUUUUGUUAUGGUUAGACCCAGUUGUUGGAUAUAACUUCAUAACAUAUGGUUCAUUCGAUACGGAACGUUGC